AUGGAAGUAAAUACAGAUUGCAUUAUGCCAUCGAAGACAGAUACCAGUAGAGGUGUUGACAAAAUCAACAGAGAACCUGAAUGUGUGCAGUCCAUGGAAAAAGGGUUUCAGUGCACGCAAUGCUUGAAGCCAUAUAAGUGCAAACAAUGCGAGAAGUGUUUUACUCAGUCGGGGCAUCUGAAGGAGCACAUGCGUACACAUACAGGAUUGAAGCCAUUCCAGUGCAAACAAUGCAAGAAAUGCUUCACUCACUCUGGAUUGAAGCCAUUUAAGUGUAAACAAUGCGAAAAAUGCUUCACUCAGUCUGGUGGUCUGAAAAAUCACAUGCUUACACAUACAGGAUUGAAGCCAUUUCAGUGCAAACAAUGUGAGAAGUGUUUUACUCAGGCGGGGCAUCUGAAUGAGCACAUGCGUACACAUACAGGAUUGAAGCCAUUUCAGUGCAAGCAAUGCAGGAAAAGCUUCACUCAGUCUGGUAGUCUAAGAAAUCACAUGUUUACACAUACAGGAUUGAAAAUAUUUCAAUGCAAACAAUGUGAGAAGCGUUUUGCUCGUUCAACAUAUCUAAAACAGCACAUGCUUACACAUAAAGGAUUAAAGCCAUUUCAAUGCGAACAAUGCAAGAAAAGCUUCACUCAGUCUGGCCAUCUGAAGGAGCACAUGCAUACACAUACAGGAUUGAAGCCAUUUCAGGGCAAACAAUGCGAGAAAUGCUUCACUCAUUCUGGUAGUCUAAAACACAUGUUUACACAUACAGGAUUGAAGCCAUUUAAGUGUAAACAAUGCGAAAAAUGCUUCAAUCAGCUUGGGGGUGUAAGAAAUCAUAUGCAUAUACAUACAGGGCUGAAGCUAUUUCAGUGCAAAGAAUGUGACAAUAGUUUUGUUCAUUCAAGCGAUCUAGGAGAACAAAUGCACACUCGAAAUAUCCAAUCCAUGAAGAACGCUGAUCAGCUGGAGAAGAGAUCAUUGGUCGUGUUAGAUUUUUUGAAAAGUACUCAAGAGGAUAACAGGAGUGGCAUUAAAACAGUGAGUCAGGGAACAGAGACAUUCAGAAUGUGCUUUCUUUCUAGAAAUAAGAAGGCAUUGAAUGGGAAUGAGAAUUUGAGCUAUAAAAUCGAUAAACUAGACCAAAACAUUUUAAAAAGUAAAGGCACAGAGACAUUCAGACAUGUGGUAUUUUUCUAA